AGGGGUGAUGAUGAGGGGUUAAUUGCCGACGUGCUGGGGAAGAGGAAGGCAUUGGAGGAAGCUCACCGGAGUGUGAUGGGGACAGAGCCUAGGAUGCCUUCUUAUAACCUGCAGGCGCCACUGAAGUUGCCCUUCGGUAUUGAUGAUGUGUUUGCUGAAGGGGUGGAGAAGGUGGACUUUUUCAAGAUGCGUCGGCAGAAGAAAGAGGCGAACCUAGCCAUGCAUCGUCAGGAGAUACCUCUGGUGAACGUCUUCCUGGAGGGCGUGAAGAGUGACCCUGAGGCUUUGGCCAAGACGCAAGCUUCUAACUUUGCAGAUCGGGCCCAGAAGACGAUUCUCACGUCUGCUUAUGCCUUUGGCGAGAUGUAUGUCAACAUGGCUAAGGCAGAUAAGGAGAUUCAGAGGUUGAAAAAGCGUGAUGAGCUGGCCAAGAGCAAGAUGGCGGAGGCACAAGAGGCUAUCCGAGAGAGGAAUACCCUGCUGUUGCAGAAGGCGGAGUUGGCCAAAGAGGUGGAAGAGCUGAAGCGGUCGAAGGCUGAAGAGGUAGCUGCUGCCCGAGCCGAAGCGGCCGAGGAGUUCUGGUCGUCCGAGGAGCUGAGGAGCUACAUCAUGGACCGGUUGGUGGAUGAGCAGCUUCGCUGGGAGAAGAGAUUGGCGAGGUUCAACCCUUCGGUUGAGAUCAAAUUUGAUACCAGUGGCCAAUCUCCAACAUCUAGUCCUACUGCUGAUGACACUACCGCUGUGCCGGAGUCGGAGCUAGGCCCUACGGAUGCCGCUUCUGCCUAGACUUGAAGGCGUCGUCUUCCUUACGUUUGUAUUUGCUAUGUAUGAACAAUUUGCCUUGCUUGGGGCACAUGUAUGUUGAUUUGCUAUGAUAUUAGACUUGUUGUCUUUU